AUGUCUUCCCUACCUAUGUUUGACUCCGUCUCCCGUUUCCUUCCAACUGCAAAUGAGGAUGAGCAGUUUUGGUGGAAGCUGACUGGUCGGCAUAUGGCUCGCAUGAUGCAUGAGGCGGGUUACCCAGAGGACCGUCAGGUCGAAUGCCUCCUCUUCCAUCGCUUCAAAGUCGUUCCCUGCCUGGGCCCUCGACCACACUCCGACAAACCUUGGUACAAGAGCCGUGUGGGUGGAGGAGCAGCAGACGGCUGUCCUAUCAACUACAGUUGGCGGUUUGGCACUUCCGACAGAAAGCCUCAUAUCCGCAACUUUAUCGAACCCCUUGGAGCUCUGACAAACACUCCAGCCGACCCACUCAACGAGGUAGCCACGAAAGCGCUCCUACGAGAUUAUAGCAUGACGCUGCCCAAUGUCGACUUGGAGCUAUUCUGGACCUUUGCGCCUCACUACCGGCCGCGUAUCAUCGAAAAGGCGGACAUGGAAAAGCUUGCCGGUGCCUCGUUGCUUGUGGGUGCAGAAAUGUCGCCAGAUUCUCGUAACAUCGAUAUCAAGGCAUACAUGUAUCCUCGAGUCCCGUCCCAGACCAGCCAGCUCCUCACCACGAUCCUACCCCAGGCCAUGCGCGACGCUUACGGCGAGGACGUGUGUCUCGACAGCCUCAAUCUUGUCCGCGACUUCAUGACAAACGACCCAGAGGGAAGCCAGCUUACUCUGACUGGUACAACGGGGAUCGAUUGCUGCAAACUCCAGGAUACACGCGUGAAAAUCUACGUGAUCACCCGUAACACCUCCUUCGACCACAUCGCCGCCAUCAUGACACUGGGCGGCCGACGGCCAAUCUCAGAGGAGCUCCUUAACCAGCUAAGGGCACUCUGGUUCGAGCUCAAGGGAGCCCCAGCAGACUUCACCUCGUCUGAGCAGCUACCAGCUCAGACCAAGCCAGAUGGUACCAAAAAUCCCAUCGUCGUCCCAUUCUACUUUGAUAUCCAGCCCCGGCUUGCGUUACCAGACGUGAAGGCAUACGUCGACGUGAGCACCAGCCCCGUGAGUGAUCUAGCGGCCGCUGAAGCAGUGGUUCGUCACUUGGAGCGCCAUGGCAGCGGACAGAAUCCGAAGGCCUACAUGAACGUGUUGCAGGAUAUCACCCCAGUUGAAGAGCUGGAGACGCGAAAAGGCGCGCUGGCGUUUUACUCUAUAGCUGUCAAGAAGAAUGAGCUAGAUAUCACCUCAUACUUUAACCCGCAGGUGUAUAAGCGCUACUUCGCUCAUGAAGUGCAGCUCAAUGGACAGCGAAGAAGUGCAUUUGAGUAG